AUGGCGUCACUUGAUAUCCCCCGUCUCGAGGACUACGGCGUGUUCCCGAGCACUGGGUUUCUUCCUAGCGAGCUUCCCCUCGAGCGGUUGCCUCAGGACUACUAUGAGCCGUGGGAAGUGCUUGUCAACAACCUUCCAGCGCUUAUUUUAACCAAGACUAUCCGGGCGAAAAUUGAUGCCUUGCCUCAACUCAGCACUGAAAAACUUGAAGACGAGCGCCAGUGGCGUCGGGCUUACCAGGUAUUGUCGUUUUUGGCCCAUGCCUACGUGUGGACUGGCCACCAGCCAUCGCAACACCUUCCUAAGCAGAUCGCCGACCCUUGGGUUGCUACUAGUGAAAAAUUGGGGUUACCCCCCGUAGCUACCUACGCUGGUUUGUGUCUUUGGAACUUCAAGCAGAUUGUGCCUAACCCCGACAACUUGUGGGACCUCGACAACUUGACGACAAUCAACACCUACACCGGGUCCAUUGACGAAAGCUGGUUCUAUCUUGUUAGUGUGUACUUUGAGUACAAGGGUGCUUACAGUAUCCGUGCUGGUCUCGAAGCUAUCAAGCAGGCCGAUCGCGGAAACGUUAAAGGCGUCGUCGCUGCCCUUCAAGCGCUCGCCGAGCUGAUUGACCACUUGGGGUCGGUUCUCAUGCGUAUGGAGGAAAACUGUGAUCCUCACGUGUUCUACUACCGUAUGAGACCGUACUUGGCUGGCUGGCGCAACAUGGCUGAAGUGGGGCUCGACAAAGGCGGGGUAUUUUACGGUGACGAAGUGAAGCCAAGAGCCUACGCUGGUGGCUCUAAUGCUCAGCUGUCGUUGAUCCAAUUCUUGGACGUUUUACUCGGCAUCAAGCACUACCUGACGGGUGAACGCCCGUUACCUCAUGCUUCGGAACCGCCCAAGGCGGAAGCUUCGGACAAUGCCUUCAUGGACGAAAUGAAGGACUACAUGCCCGGAAACCACCGUGAGUUCCUCUUCCACUUGCAAAGAAUCACCAACAUCCGGCUGUUUGUGCUCAGCCAGGACAAUGGCGAGCUUACUCUUGCCUACGAUGCUUGUCUUGCCAUGAUGAAGGCCUUUCGUGACAAACACAUCCGCAUCGUCACUCGUUACAUUGUGUUACAAGCGAAAAAGGCCCCCAAGUUGGGGUCAACUUCAACCCACCGGCUGGGCUUAGCGAAACAAAAGAAAGAGGAGCGGGGUACCGGCGGUACCUCGUUGUUGCCGUUCCUCAAACAGUGUCGUGACGAGACGGGCGACCCCGCCGCGGGCUCCUGGGGUCAGCGUAUUUUGAGCGAUGGGGUGAUGAGACUCUCAUUGUCCACGCCCAACCCCAUCAACGAGGACUAA